ACGCGCUCCCAAAUUAUAACCACCAGCAUCAGAGGCGGUGGGACAGGAGGGAACGGCGCUUUUUGUUUUUUCUUUUUUAUUUUAUGGGGACACUCAUAAUAUCCCGCCGCAUCUAAAGGCGAACAACCGCAAGGCAACGGUUUUAACAUUGCAUUUACCCCCUAAACGGUGCCGUUUAAUUGCAAGUGAUUGACCGAUCUGUUUUCCGUUUGCAUGCUGGUAAAGAGUAAGCAACAUACAUGACUGAGCCGUUUUACAACACAUCGCCUUUCUGGGCUUAAGGAAGUCUUUUUGUUUCUUAUCAAAGAUUCUGUGUUAUUUAUACCUUGCCAGCACGGCUCCAGUUGCUAGCCAUUUGGAGAGCGUGGUGAACGACUCAAGGAACAACAGACCGCCGAGCACAACUGAGGAUUUGAUGAGGCGUUUGAAUCCGGGCUUGUAAAUAUACAUUCUGCGCGAACGAUCCAGAUAUUUCUGUUAACAAUGACAUCCUGCAAAGCAAACAUGUUGUCUAUCGGAUUGCUCGCCCUUGGAUGCUUCGUUACUGUGGAGGUUAUAAUUCCUAUCGGACCCAUUGAGGCUCCAAAGACCUGCAGCCCCAAGCAGUUUGUGUGUAAAGACCAGGUGACGUGCAUCUCUAAAGGUUGGCGCUGCGAUGGAGAGAAGGACUGCCCCGAUGGCUCCGACGAGGCAUCUGAAAUCUGUCACCAAAGUCAGGUGUCCCAAUGCCCUCCUAAUGAAUUUGAGUGUCGAGGAACAGAUGUGUGUAUUCACUUGAGCAAGGUCUGUGAUGGCAUCUCGGACUGCGUGGACGGACGUGAUGAAGGCCAUCACUGCCUAGAGUUCAUCCAUAACUGCAGCAGCAUGGGCUGCCAGUAUAACUGCUCAGUCACACCAUUUGGGCCAAAGUGUUACUGCACGACUGGCUACGAGGUUGCUGAGGAUGGCAAGACCUGCCGAGAUUUUAAUGAGUGUGCGGUGUAUGGCAUGUGCAGUCAGACAUGCACCAACAUGGAGGGCUCUUACACCUGCAGUUGUGUGGAGGGUUACUUACCUCAGCCAGACAACCGCUCCUGCAAGGCUAAGAAUGACCCAGUGGAGCGUCCCCCAUACCUCCUCAUUGCCAACUCUCAGAACAUCCAGGCCACGUCACUGAGUGGCGCCAACCCCAUCUCCAUCAACACACGCAAGACCACCGCCAUGGACUUCGUCUAUGCCCAGGAGACUGUUUGCUGGAUCUAUGUAGGAGACACACCUGCCGCCACCCUGCUCAAAUGUGCCAAGUUCCCCAAUGCCAAGAGCUUUGCUGAGGAAAGGACCAUCAACAUCUCCCUCAGCCUGCACCAUGUGGAGCAAAUGGCCAUCGACUGGCUGACCGGGAACUUCUACUUUGUUGAUGAUGUGGAUGACCGCAUCUUUGUGUGCACCCAAGAUGGCACCACGUGUGUCAUCCUGCUGGACCUGGAGGUCUACAACCCCAAAGGCAUUGCGUUGGACCCAGCCAUGGGGAAGAUGUUCUUUACUGACUAUGGGCAGAUUCCCAAGGUGGAGCGCUGUGACAUGGAUGGGCAGAACCGCACCAAGUUGGUGGACAGCAAGAUCGUCUUCCCACAUGGCAUCACACUGGAUCUGGUCAGCAGGCUGGUGUACUGGGCCGAUGCGUACCUGGACUACAUCGAGGUGGUGGACUACGAGGGCAAGAACAGGCACACCAUCAUACAGGGCCUGCUGAUCGAGCACCUGUACAGUCUCACAGUUUUUGAAAACUACCUGUAUGCAACCAACUCAGACAACGCCAACCUGCAGCCCAAGACCAGUGUGAUCCGUGUGAACCGCUUCAAUAGCUCGGAGUUCCAGGUGGUCACGCGGGUGGAUAAGGGUGGAGCCUUGCACGUCUACCACCAAAGACGCCAGCCAGCGGUGCGCAGUCAUGCCUGUGCUCCUGACCAGUUUGGCAAGCCAGGAGGCUGCUCCGACAUCUGCCUGCUGGCCAACAGCCACAAGAGUCGCACCUGCCGCUGCCGUUCGGGCUUCAGCCUGGGAAGCGACGGCAAGUCGUGCAAAAAGCCGGAGCACGAGCUGUUCCUGCUGUACGGAAAAGGUCGGCCGGGCGUCAUCCGGGGCAUGGACCUGCAUGCUCGGGUGUACGAUGAGCACAUCAUCCCCAUUGAGAACCUGAACAACCCCCGGGCACUGGACUUCCAUGCCGAGACGGAGUUCAUCUACUUUAGUGACGCCACCACCUACACCAUCGGCCGGCAGAAGAUCGACGGGGCCGAGAGGGACAUCAUCGUGAAGGAUGGAAUCCACACUGUUGAGGGCAUAGCUGUGGACUGGAUGGGUCAGAACUUGUACUGGGCAGAUGAUGGACCUGAAAAGACCAUCAGCGUGGCCAAGCUGGAGAAAGCAUCCCAGACCCGCAAGACCCUUAUUGAGGGCAAGAUGACUCACCCACGAGCCAUAGUGGUGAAUCCUAUGCAUGGUAUGAUGUACUGGAGUGACUGGCAGGAGGAUUCCCGAGAUGCCAACCGCGGCAGUAUAAGGAAGGCCUGGAUGGACGGCUCCAACGCUGGAAUCCUCAUCACAUCCAAGAACAUGCUGUGGCCCAAUGGCCUGAGCCUGGACAUCCAGCAAGGCGUGCUCUACUGGGUGGAUGCGUACUACGACCGCAUCGAGAUGGUGCUGCUCAAUACCACAGAGCGCAAGACGGUGUACGAAGGCCACGAGCUGAACCACCCCUUUGGCUUGUGCCACUAUAAGAAUUUCCUGUUCUGGAAUGAGUACCGCAUCGGGAGUAUCUACAAGCUGGACAUGACCACAAAGAAUGUCACCCUGCUCCGCAACGAACGGCCGCCCAUUUAUGAGAUCCGCACCUACGACGCCCAGCAGCAGCAAAUCACAGGUCACAAUGUAUGCCGGGCCAGUAAUGGAGGCUGCAGCAGCCUGUGUCUUCUCACGCCAGUCGGCCGCACCUGUGCCUGCGCAGACGACCAAACCCUGGACGCCGACAACAAGACCUGCAAAGCCAACCCUUCGUACGUGCCGCCACCCCAGUGCCAGUCGGGAGAGUUUGCGUGCAAGAACAACCGCUGCAUCCAGGACCGCUGGAAAUGCGACGGCGACAACGACUGCCUGGACAACAGUGACGAGGCUCCGGAGCUUUGCCACCAGCACACCUGUCCGGCCGACCGCUUCAAGUGCCAGAACAACCGCUGUAUCCCCAUGCGCUGGCUCUGUGACGGUGACAAUGACUGCGGCAACGACGAGGACGAGUCUAACGCCACCUGCUCAGCUCGUACGUGCCCUCCCAACCAGUACCCGUGUGCCAGUGGCCGGUGCAUCCCCCUCUCCUGGACCUGCGACCUUGACAACGACUGUGGUGACCGCUCGGACGAGCCUGCCUCCUGUGCCUACCCUACCUGCUUCCCGCUCACCCAGUUCACCUGUGCCAAUGGACGCUGCAUCAAUGUUAACUGGCGCUGUGAUAAUGACAACGACUGUGGUGACAACAGCGAUGAAGCUGGCUGCAGUCACUCCUGCUCCAGCGUGCAGUUCAAAUGCAACAGCGGUCGCUGCAUCCCCGAGUACUGGACGUGUGAUGGCGACAACGAUUGCGGCGACAACAGCGAUGAGAAGAGCGCCAACUGCACCAACCAGGCCACGCGUCCCCCUGGGGGCUGCCACGCGGACGAGUUCCAGUGCCGUAUGGACGGUCUGUGCAUUCCCCUGCGUUGGCGUUGUGAUGGGGAUACGGACUGCAUGGACCUGAGUGAUGAGAAGCACUGCGACGGCGUCACGCACAUGUGCGACCCUGCUGUCAAGUUUGCCUGCAGGGACUCGGCUCGGUGUAUCAGUAGGGCGUGGGUGUGCGAUGGAGAUAGCGACUGCGAGGAUAACUCGGAUGAAGACAACUGCGAGGCACUGGCGUGCAAGCUCUCGCACCACGUGUGCGCCAGCAACGACUCCAUCUGCCUGUCGGCCGACAAGCUUUGCGACGGCAAAGACGACUGCCCCGAUGGCUCGGACGAGAAGCUCUGUGACCUGUGCUCGGCAGACAACGGCGGAUGCAGCCACAACUGCACCAUUGCCCCAGGCGAGGGCAUCCUAUGCUCAUGUCCACCGGGCAUGGAGCUCCGCGCUGACAACAAGACAUGCCAGAUCCAGAGCUUCUGUGCUAAGCACCUGAAGUGUAGCCAGCGGUGCAUCCAGGAAAAGGCCACUGUUAAGUGUGCGUGCUACGAGGGCUGGGCCCUAGAGCCAGACAACGAGAGCUGCAAGAGUACCGAUCCUUUCAAGCCCUUCAUCAUCUUUUCCAACCGGCACGAGAUCCGCCGGAUUGACCUUUAUAAGGGGGAGUUUAGUGUCCUGGUUCCCAGUCUGAGGAACACAAUUGCCCUGGACUUCCACCUCAACCAGAGUGCCCUCUACUGGACAGACGUGGUGGAGGACAAGAUCUACCGGGGCAAACUGUCUGAAAACGGAGCUCUUACCAGUUUCGAGGUGGUUAUCCAGUACGGCCUGGCUACUCCAGAGGGUUUGGCUGUAGACUGGAUUGCAGGGAACAUCUACUGGGUGGAGAGCAACCUAGACCAGAUUGAAGUGGCCAAGCUAGAUGGUACCAUGCGCACCACCCUACUGGCUGGAGAGGUGGAGCACCCUCGAGCUAUUGCCCUUGACCCUCGAGAUGGUAUCUUGUUCUGGACAGACUGGGACGCUAGUUCUCCCAGGAUAGAGGCUGCGUCCAUGAGCGGAGAUGGCCGUCGUACCAUCCACAGAGAAACUGGCAAUGGAGGUUGGCCCAACGGCCUCACCGUUGACUACCUAGAGCGUCGUAUUCUGUGGAUUGAUGCUAGGUCUGACGCCAUCUAUUCCGCUGCGUAUGACGGUUCCGGCCUGAUCGAAGUUCUUCGGGGACAUGAAUACCUGUCACAUCCCUUCGCCGUCACCAUGUAUGGGGGAGAGGUUUACUGGACGGACUGGCGCACCAACACGCUGGCCAAGGCCAACAAGUGGACAGGUCACAACGUGACAGUGGUGCAGAGGACAAACACACAACCCUUCGACCUGCAAGUGUACCAUCCUUCCAGACAGCCACAGGUGCCGAACCCCUGUGAGGCGCGUGGCGGAAAGGGCCCAUGCUCACACCUGUGCCUCAUCAACUACAACCAAACUUUCUCCUGUGCCUGUCCCCACCUCAUGAAGCUGCGGCCCGACAAGCACACCUGCUAUGAGUCUCGCCAGUUCUUGCUGUAUGCACGCCAGAUUGAGAUUAGAGGGGUGGACAUUGAUAAUCCCUAUUACAACUACAUUAUCUCCUUCACCGUGCCCGUUAUCGAUAACGUAACGGCUGUGGAUUAUGACGCCACAGAGCAGCGCAUCUACUGGUCCGACGUACGCAUGCAGAUGAUCAAAAGAGCCUUCAUCAAUGGCACAGGCGUGGAGACAGUAGUGUCAGCCGACAUUCCCAACGCCCAGGGCCUUGCUGUGGACUGGGUAUCUAGGAACCUGUUCUGGACCAGCUAUGAUGCCAGCAAGAAGCAGAUCAACGUGGCCCGUCUGGACGGCUCCUUCAAGAACUCUGUCAUCCAUGGACUGGACAAACCCCACUGCCUUGUGGUACAUCCCAUGCUCGGAAAGCUCUACUGGACUGACGGAGACAACAUCAGCAUGGCCAACACGGAUGGCAGCAACCGCACUUUACUCUUCACCAAUCAGAAGGCCCCUGUUGGGCUCUCCAUUGACUUUGAUGAGGAGAAGCUGUACUGGAUCAGUUCAGGCAACAGCACCAUAAACCGCUGCCAGCUGGAUGGCUCAGGUCAUGAGGUCAUAGAGGGAGUGAAGGGCAAACUGACCAAAGCCACAACUCUCGCUGUUAUGGGGGACAAGUUGUGGUGGGCGGACCAGGGAACGGAUCAGGUGGGCACUUGCGACAAGAUUGAUGGUGGCAACUGGAAAGUUCUGAGGAACAACACGUCACCUGUGAUGCAUAUGAAGAUCUAUAAUGAGACAGUCCAACAGAAAGGUACAAACCUGUGUACGAAAAACAAUGGAGACUGUUCUCAGCUGUGUCUGCCCACGUCUGCCAGCAGCAGGGCCUGCAUGUGCACUGCAGGUUACAGCUUGAAGAGUGGCCAGCGCUCCUGCGAGGGUAUGGGCUCCUUCCUGCUCUACUCGGUGCACGAGGGCAUCCGUGGCAUCCCUCUGGACCCGGCUGACAAAUCCGAUGCCCUUGUACCAGUGUCUGGCACCUCUCUGGCUGUGGGCAUUGACUUCCAUGCUGAGAAUGACACCAUCUACUGGGUGGACAUGGGGUUGAGCACCAUCAGCCGAGCCAAGAGGGACCAGACCUGGAGGGAAGACGUGGUCACCAACGGCAUCGGCCGUGUGGAAGGCAUUGCUGUGGACUGGAUCGCAGGCAACAUCUACUGGACCGACCAGGGCUUCGACAUGAUCGAAGUGGCCAGGCUCAAUGGCUCCUUUCGCUAUGUGGUCAUCUCGCACGGCCUGGACAAACCCCGUGCCAUCGCUGUGCAUCCAGCCAAAGGGUACCUGUUCUGGACAGAGUGGGGACAGUACCCACGUAUCGAGAGGUCUCAGUUAGACGGCUCUGAGAGAAUAGUUCUGGUCAACGUUAGUAUCAGCUGGCCCAACGGCAUCUCCAUUGACUACCAGGAGGAUCUGCUCUACUGGUGUGAUGCUCGGACCGACAAAAUCGAGCGUAUUAAUCUGGAGACGGGCAACAACCGCGAGCUGGUCCUGGCUGUUCAUAACAUGGACAUGUUUGCUGUGUCUGUGUUCGAGAACUACAUCUACUGGAGCGACAGAACGCAUGCUAAUGGAUCCAUCAAGAGAGGUAACAAGAAUAAUGCCACGGACAUGGUGUACCUGAGAACAGGCAUCGGGGUGCAGCUGAAAGAUAUCAAAGUGUUCAACCGAGCCAGGCAGAGAGGCGACAACAUCUGCAGAAAGAACAACGGCGGCUGCGAGCAGCUGUGCUUGUACCGAGGCAACGGCGCACGCACCUGCGCGUGCGCGCACGGCGUGCUGGCCGAGGACGCCCGCACCUGCCGCGACUACGAGGGCUACCUGCUCUACUCGGAACGGACCAUCCUGAAAAGCGUGCACCUGUCGGACGAAACCAACCUCAACGCACCCAUCAAGCCCUUCGAGGACCCGGAGCACAUGAAGAACGUCAUUGCUCUCACGUUCGACCACAGAGGCAGCAGUGGCAAAGGGACCAACCGCAUCUUCUACAGUGACAUCCACUUUGGCAACAUCCAGCAGAUCAACGAUGAUGGCUCGGACCGCAAAACCAUCGUGGAGAACGUGGGCUCAGUGGAAGGCUUGGCCUACCACAGGGCCUGGGACACACUGUACUGGACCAGCUACACCACCUCCACCAUUACCCGCCACACAGUGGACCAGGCACGCCGUGGAGCCUUUCACAGGGAGACUGUGGUCACCAUGUCUGGAGACGACCAUCCCCGAGCCUUUGCCUUAGAUGAGUGCCAAAGUCUCAUGUUCUGGACGAACUGGAAUGAGCUGUCCCCCAGUAUCUUGCGGGCAUCGCUGUCUGGCGCCAACGUGCUGGUGAUUGUGGGCAGUAGCAUCCGCACGCCCAAUGGCCUGGCUAUCGACCACCGCGCCGAGAAGCUCUACUUCUCUGAUGCCUCGCUGGACAAGAUCGAGCGUUGCGAGUACGACGGCAGCAACCGCUUUGUGGUUCUGAAGAGCGAUCCCGUGCACCCGUUUGGUCUGGCUGUGUAUGGCGAGUACAUCUUCUGGACGGACUGGGUGCGGAGGGCUGUUCUCCGUGCUGACAAAUACGGCAGAGACAUGAAGUUGCUCCGUGCAGACAUCCCUCAGCAGCCCAUGGGUAUCAUCGCUGUGGCCAAAGACACCAACAGCUGCGAGUUCUCGCCAUGUCACAACAAUAAUGGCGGCUGCGAGGAUCUCUGUCUCCUGACCUCAGAGGGGCGGGUGAACUGCAGUUGCCGCGGCGACCGCAAACUCAUGGAUGGCAAUGUCUGCAUCGCGGAGAACACGACAUGUCACAGCAUAGACGAGUUUGAGUGUGGCAAUGGUGACUGCAUCAACUACAGCCUGACCUGUGAUGGGCGUGCGCACUGCAAAGACAAGUCAGACGAGAAGCCGUCCUACUGCCUGAACCGUGGUUGUAAGAAGGGCUAUCGGCGGUGUCUAAACGGCCGCUGUAUCAAACACAACUCCUGGUGCGACGGCACAGAUGACUGUGGAGACCGCUCUGACGAACUGCCCUGCAACAUGACGCUGUGUGGUGCCUCGGAGUUCCAGUGUAAGGACGGCGCCUGCAUCUCCAACUCCAGCCGCUGUAACCAAGUAGUGGAUUGUGAGGAUGCCAGCGAUGAAAUUAACUGCAGCCCUACGGACUGCUCCAGCUUCUAUCUUCUGGGCGUAAAGGGUGUGACCUUCCAGAGGUGCGAGUUCACCACGCUUUGCUACGCCCCCUCCUGGCAGUGCGAUGGCUCUAACGACUGUGGGGACUUUUCUGACGAGAGGAACUGUCCAGAGAAGAGGAAGCAGAAAUGUCCUGUGAACUUCUUUGCCUGCCCCAGUGGUCGCUGCAUUCCCAUGAGCUGGACCUGUGACAAAGAAAACGAUUGUGAGUACGGAACAGACGAGACGCACUGCGAUAAAUUCUGCUCAGCCACGCAGUUUGAGUGUGGCAACCAUCGCUGUAUCUCUAGCUCGUGGGUGUGCGAUGGAACGGACGACUGCGGAGAUCACACCGACGAGGACAGCCGAUGCAAGUCAAAGACCUGCAGUCCAGAAGCCUUCCACUGCCCCGACUCGUACAUCUGCGUGCCGCAACGCUGGAAGUGUGACGGUGACGAGGACUGCCCCGACGGGGCAGAUGAAGGCGUUAAGGCUGGGUGUGCAAACAAUAAGACAUGUGAAGAUUCAGAGUUCCAGUGCCAGAAUAAGCAGUGCAUCCCCAAGCACUUUGUGUGCGACCACGACUUGGACUGUCGUGAUGGUUCUGACGAAUCUCCUGUGUGCGAAUACCCCACUUGUGGGCCCAACGACUUCCGCUGUGCUAAUGGCCAAUGCCUGAAGCAGAAAAGCUGGGAGUGUGACGGCGAGUUUGACUGCCACGACCAUUCCGACGAAGCCCCCAAGAACCCCCACUGCACAGAACCAGAGAAGCGCUGUAAUGACUCUGCACACCUGUGCAACAACGGGAAGUGCGUGAGCGAGCAGGUUUUGUGUGACAGGAAGGAUGACUGUGGAGACGGCUCGGAUGAACACAACUGCUUCGUCAACGAGUGUCUCAGCAGCAGGCUGAGUAGCUGCUCACAGCUUUGCGAGGACCUGAAGAUCGGCUACAAGUGCCGGUGCGAGCCAGGUUUCCGUCUGAAGCAGGAUGGGAAGACCUGUGUGGAUGUGGACGAGUGCACCACCACGUACCCCUGUUCACAGCGCUGCCUUAACACCCACGGUAGCUUCCACUGCCUUUGCGUGGACGGCUACGUGGCCCACGCCAACGACUCCACCCGCUGCAAGUCCACGUCCGAGGAGGAACCUUUUCUCAUCUUUGCUAAUCGCUACUACCUAAGGAAACUGAACCUUGAUGGCACCAAUUAUACUCUCAUCAAACAGGGUCUGAAUAAUGCGGUGGCACUGGACUAUCACUACGCAGAGCAGAUGAUCUACUGGACGGACGUGACCACGCAGGGCAGCAUGAUUCGCCGCAUGCACAUCAACGGCAGUAACGUGGAGGUGCUGCACCGGACGUCCCUGAGCAAUCCGGACGGGCUAGCCGUGGACUGGGUUGGAGGGAACCUCUACUGGUGCGACAAGGGCCGAGACACCAUCGAGGUGUCCAAGCUGAAUGGUGCCUACAGGAGCGUCCUAGUGAACAGCGGCCUGCGAGAGCCACGCGCCGUGGCAGUGGAUGUGCACAACGGCUAUCUGUACUGGUCAGACUGGGGGGACAUCCCGCAUAUUGGCCGUAUUGGGAUGGAUGGCAGUGACUGGAGAAUCAUCAUCAAGGACAGGAUCACAUGGCCCAAUGGUCUGACACUGGACUUCAUCAAUGAACGCAUCUACUGGGCCGACGCUCGGGAAGACUACAUCGCCUUCGCCAGCCUGGAUGGCACAAACAGGCACACAGUGCUGAACCAUGAUAUCCCACACAUCUUUGCCAUGACUCUCUUCGAGGACUACAUAUACUGGACCGACUGGGAGACCAAGUCCAUCAACAGAGCCCACAAGACCCAGGGCACCAACAAGAGCAUGUUGAUCAGCACCCUACACAGGCCCAUGGACAUACACAUCUACCAUCCCUACAGACAGCCUCAGGUGGAGAAUCACCCGUGUCAGGUGGAAAAUGGAGGCUGCAGUAACCUCUGUCUGCUGGCUCCCGGAGGGAGCUUCAAGUGUGCCUGCCCCACCAACUUCUACCUUGCUGCAGAUGGCAAACAGUGCCUGUCCAACUGCACGGCGAGCCAGUUUGUGUGUAAGAAUGACAAGUGCAUCCCCUUCUGGUGGAAGUGUGACACUGAGGAUGACUGUGGAGACAGAUCUGAUGAGCCUGCUGACUGCCCUGACUUUAAGUGCAGACCGGGGCAAUUCCAGUGUGGCACAGGCAUCUGCACCAACCCAGCCUACAUCUGUGACGGAGACAACGACUGCCAGGACAACUCGGAUGAGGCCAACUGUGACAUCCAUGUGUGUCUGCCAAGCCAGUUCAAGUGUUCCCACCCCAGCCGCUGCAUUCCCGGAUUCUUCCGAUGUAACGGCCUGAACAACUGCGGUCAGGGAGAAGAUGAGAAAGAUUGCCCGGAGGUGACGUGUGCUCCCAACCAGUUCCAAUGUGUGAUCACAAAGCGAUGCAUUCCGCGUGUCUGGAUGUGUGACCGGGACAAUGACUGCGUGGACGGAUCUGACGAACCAGCCAACUGCACUCAGAUGACGUGCGGCGUGGACGAGUUCCGCUGUAAGGAUUCAGGCCGCUGCAUACCCGCACGCUGGAAAUGCGACGGCGAGGACGACUGCGGCGAUGCCUCGGACGAGCCCAAGGAGGAGUGCGAUGAGAGGACGUGUGAGCCCUACCAGUUCCGCUGCAAGAACAACCGCUGCGUGCCAGGCCGUUGGCAGUGCGACUACGACAACGACUGUGGAGACAACUCGGAUGAAGAGAAGUGUGAGCCACGACAGUGCUCAGAGAGCGAAUUUGCCUGCACUAACGGCCGCUGCAUCGCUGGCAGAUGGAAGUGUGACGGAGAUCAUGACUGCGCUGACGGCUCUGACGAGCACGGCUGCGAUCUGAAGUGUGAUGGAGACCAGUUCCAGUGUAAGAACGGCCACUGCAUCCCCCUGCGCUGGCGCUGUGAUGCUGACCCCGACUGCAUGGACAGUAGUGAUGAGGAGAGGUGUGAUGUUGCAGUAGAACGUCUCUGCCCCAGUGACGAGUUCCAGUGCAAUAACACUCUGUGUAAGCCGCUGGCCUGGAAGUGCGACGGAGAGGAUGACUGUGGCGAUAACUCCGACGAGAACCCCGAGGAGUGCCGGAAGUUCCAGUGUCCACCCACCAGAAACUUCCGCUGCCAGAAUGACCGCGUGUGCCUGUGGCGUGGCAAAGUUUGCGACGGCGUGAACCACUGUGGAGACAGCUCGGACGAGCUCAGCUGCGACAAGCGCGUGAGCAAGUGCGACAAGGAUCAGUUCCGCUGCAACAACGGCAGGUGCGUCAGCUCCACGCUGCGCUGCAACUUGUUCAACGACUGCGAGGACUACGGCUCGGACGAGAUCGGCUGCAAGGCGGAUGUCGUGCUAAAUGACUGUAAGAGUAACAAGUCUCUGUGUGGGGAGACAGAGGAGGUGCACUGUGUGACCAACGGUACAGACUCCUACUGUUCCUGCAAGCCAGGCUUCCAGAGUGCUUUUGGUGUCAAGAACUGCCAAGACAAGAACGAGUGCAGACAGUUCGGCGUGUGCUCCCAAAUCUGCAACAACACCAAGGGCUCAUACAAGUGCAGCUGCCAUAAGCACUUCACCAAGAUCAACGACACCUGCAAGGCCGACAGUCUGAACAUCAGCAGACAGGUGCUCUACAUCGCCGACGACAACGAAAUCCGCAGCCUGGAUCCAGGCGUGCCCAACUGGGUGUACGAGCAGAUCUUCCAGGGUGACGCGAAUGUGCGAAUCGAUGCCAUGGACCUGCACAUCAAGACCAACCGCAUCUUCUGGACCAACUGGCACACCAGUGGCAUCUCCUCCUUCCAGUUGCCUUCCUCAUCCUCUUCUUCUGGCCCGUCAUCCAACUCCCACCGCAACAGGCGGCAGAGUGAAGGGACUGUCACCAACCUUGAAAUCCCGGGUCUGAAGACACCCAGGGGCAUUGCAGUGGAUUGGGUUGCCGGGAACCUCUACUGGACGGACUCGGGCCGUGAUGUCAUUGAGGUGGCGCAGAUCUCUGGCCAGAACAGAAAGACUCUGAUCUCAGGAAUGAUUGACGAGCCUUAUGCCAUAGUGGUGGAUCCACCCAGGGGGACAAUGUACUGGGCAGACUGGGGUAAUCACCCCAAAAUUGAGACAGCGGCCAUGGAUGGCACUCUGAGACAGACACUGGUGCACGAGAACCUGCAGUGGCCUACAGGGCUGGCUGUGGACUACUUCAACGAGAGGCUCUACUGGGCUGACACCAAGCUCUCAGUCAUUGGCAGUGUGCGGCUGGAUGGCACAGACCCCAUCGUGGCUGUCUCCAAUGUCAAAAACAAGCUCCUCCACCCGUUCAGCAUUGAUAUCUUUGAGGACUACAUCUAUGGCGUCACCUACGUCAACAAUUACGUGUUCCGUGUCAACAAGUUUGGCAAGGGGCCGAUGGAAAACCUGACCACUGGCAUCAACCAUGCCACUGACAUAGUGCUCUACCACCGCUACAAACAGCCAGAAAUGGCUAACCCAUGCGACAGGAAGAAGUGCGAGUGGCUGUGUCUGCUCAGCCCCACUGGUCCUGUCUGCACCUGCCCUAAUGACCGUGUCCAUGACAACGGCACGUGUGUGGAACUGCCCCCGGCAACCCAGUCUCCAGAAACUCCCUCUUGUAACGUCGAGUGUCUCAACGGUGGCAGUUGUUUCUUGAACGCUCGGAGUCAGCCCAAGUGCCGCUGCCCUACCAGCUACAGAGGAGAGAGGUGUGAGAUUGACCAGUGUAGAGACUACUGCAAGAACGGAGGAACCUGCUCCCCAUCGCGCACUGGUGCUCCUACUUGCCGCUGCGUGCCGGGAUUCACUGGGCCAAACUGCAAUCAGAACACUUGCAAGGACUACUGCCAGAACGGAGGCACCUGCACCGUCAGCCUGGGCAACCAGCCUAUGUGCCAGUGCCCUGACGGUCACCUGGGAGACCAGUGCCAGUACACUCAGUGCGAGGGCUUCUGCGAGCAAGGGGGCACGUGUCAGCAGACAGCCAAUGGCACGAGACAUUGCCGCUGCCCGCCGCGAUUCCUCGGCCCCACCUGCGAUCUGGACAAGUGUCUGUACUGCGGACAGAGCAAGUGUGUGCCCCAGCACUCAGACAGCGUGCUGUGCAGCUGUGCUAAUGAUAGGAUACAGCCCAGCUGCUUCACCUGCAACGACUUCUGCAUCAAUGGUCAAUGUUCUGUAGACCCACGCACCAUGCUCCCACAGUGCAAGUGUCCUACAGGUUUGCAUGGUUUCCGUUGUGAGCUUGCCUCUCGUGUGGAUUCUGGAGACUCCUCUGGGAACGCUGCCUCUGUAAUCAUCCCAGUGCUGCUCCUGCUAAUGCUGGCACUGCUGGUGGUUGGCGCCAUCUUGUGGUACAAGAAGAGAAUGCGUGGCGCGAAGGGUUUCCAGCACCAGAGGAUGACCAAUGGGGCCAUGAAUGUGGAGAUUGGGAACCCUGCGUAUAAGAUCUAUGAGGGGGAGCCUGAUGAUGACGCAGGAGAGCUGCUAGACUCAGAUUUUGCCUUGGACCCAGACAAGCCUACGAACUUCACCAACCCAGUGUACGCCACGCUGUACAUGGGCGCCCACAACAGCCGCAACUCCUUGGGCAGCACGGACGAGAAGAAGGAACUGCUGUCUGCAGGGGAUGAGGAGAUGAGCGACCCGCUGGCGUAGAUCCACCCCGAGCCCUGCCCACCCACACAGCCUUGGGCCCACCCACUGUCCAUCCCAGGCCAUUACACAUCAGAAGAAAAGCAACAAGAGAAGAGAACACUGUACAAAAUGUAAAAAAAAAAAACUAAACAAAAAAUGAAGGACUACUUUUGUAUGUGAUUGCAGUAUUAUAUUUUAUUCUUUGAGAAAUCCUUCCAGUCAAAAAGAAAACAUUUUUCUAUACCUUUUUUUUUUUUUUUUUUAACCAUUAAUCACCUAGCAACCUUGUCUCUGCCCACCAUUGUAGCCUCUACCUCUGUGCUAAAUGAGAUGCCAACAACAGUAACUUUGAAAUUCUUUUUUUGUAUGAAUUGUAUAGAAUACAUGGUUCUAUAGGAAAAGGAAAUAGGCGAGUUUAUUUUGUUGUCGUCGUCAGUGAACCAAUAAGGGAGAGAAGAAGGGUCAUGAAGAGUGCUGAGGCCAGAUUGGUCCAUGUUCCAGUAUGUGUAUUGGUACUGCUGGAGGAGAGGCGCGUGCGUGCGUGCGUGCGUGCGGGUUCAUGAAUGCAUGUGUGUAAACUAGAAUUAUAAUGUCUUACUCCUUGCACAGAUUGAUUUUAUAUAUAUAUAUUUACAUAUAUACAUCAUUUUAACAAGUGUCUUGAAAAAUGUACCCAGGAAUACAUGCAGACAGUUGUACAGCAGUCUGGUUAAUGUGAUGGUUUUAGAGGCUAAAGAGAUGUCCACCCUGAAACAAGAAUGUCAUGAGUGAGGUGAUGGCUGUUAAUCCACAAACGAAUAAUGAUGAACAGUAGAAGUCAACAUUCCAAAAUUGUUUCCAGAGUUGUAUCUUUUGUGUGAGAAUGUAAAAAUAUCUACAGUUGAGAUGUCCAAAGGAACUCGAUAGUUUGAUGGUAUGAUGAACAGUGUUCAGGUCUCCCCCGAUGCCGUGUCUUCUAGGAGGUCUGGGACCACGAGGAUGAAAGAAAAAAAUGGAAGUUUAUUGUCAAGUUUUGUCUCUUUCAGUGGGAUUUCAAGGGAGAACUGUUGCAUACCACUUCAGUUGGAACUUCAAUUAAUAUUUUAUUUUUUUUAAUCCUGUGAUGUCAUAUAAAUUUGAUUUUAAAGCUCA